AUGGGCAGGCAGCCAGACGCCGCCGAGGCGCUGCGAAAACUCGACGCCGCAUUCGCAAAGGAAUCCCCGCGCCUCUGCAAGGAACUCAACGCGCGGGACCCGACGACCGUCCUGGGCCUCGCGACGAAUCUCUGGCCCGGGGCGCGCCAAGCGAAGGUCACGGGCGUCAUGCGCGAGCGGUUGCUGAUCGGCGCGACGGGGUUUUCGCCCAUCCGCGAGGAACUGGCGUACCCCUUCGAGCCGCCACUCGAGUCCGUCGAGGAGGUCCCCAAACGCUUCGCGGCGUUGCGCGGCGAGGCGCUGCGGCCGGCCUUCGACGUUAUCGCGAUACCUCUCGUUUUCAUGGCGACGAGUCUGCUGGGCGCCCACUUCACGACGUGGCAUAUCUUCGCUUGGGUGCGGGCGCUGGCCCGCUACUUGUUUCGAGGGUAUGCCUCGGCCGUCAUGGAGCUCUGCGUCAACUUUAUGUUUGCGGCGCAUGCGGCCGAAGCCGCGUACGCCGGAGCGCUCGCCCACUCGCUCGGCCUGGACGCGCGGUCCGUGAUGGGCUGGACGCUGCGGACGUUCCUCGCCGGCGUCGGCGCGCUCGGGCGGCUGACGCGGCUCGCUAAUACAACAACGCUGCCGGGCUAUGAGAAAUGUGGAGUAAAAUACUAACUGUUACCACCAUCCCAUAUAGAAGGGCAGUCCCGGUCCUCCUUGAGGGUGAACUUCGCCUGCCCCAGGCCCUCCUUCCGCUUGUUGCGCUGGCGCGUGGUCUCGUCGGCCGACCGCUUCUUCGACUUCACAAAUUUGACGGGCGCGGGCUUCGUGGGGUCUUCCACGACGGCGGGCUUGGCCGCCGCGGCGCGCUGCCGCUCGGCCUCCUCACGACGUGCGGCGGCGGCGCGCUCGGCGUCCUCCGCCUCGGCUUUCGCUCGCGCGGCGGCCUCGCGUUUUGCUACCGACGAUUCCAACGAGUGGUCUGACGUCGCUAUGCCAUCUAUUCUGGCUUUCUUGGUCGGCUGCGGCGCGUCGCAGAGCGGUAUUUCGCUUAGGUCUGAAUCGGAGUCGCUCAUGGCUCCCACGUCUGCUCUUAGCGUCAGCACGGCUUGCCAGCGGCCCAAGGAGGAUCAAUGAUUAAACGUACGAACGCCAGCGCCGCGUGCAGCCUACUAAAGGACUGCUGCCAUAUUCCUAGUAUGUCAAUACACG